UGCUCAUCUAGAGAGAGGGAAGUAAACGUGAGGUUGACUGUUUCCAUCACUAGUCUUGGUUUCAUGCGUGAACAGUCAUUGACGAGGAACACAGGUGCUCUUGACCAAAACUGGGCUUCGCUUGAAAAUUCGGACUUCGGAGAAAACAAUUGUAGACGUCUUGCCAAAUGAACCAUCGCCUUUUGGAAGUGUUUUAUCUUUACGGGACUAUUUGGUUCUACAGUAUGUGUAAGGCCUGAAGAAGCGGUAUGAGGUCAAAUGGUACACAUGAGCUCUACUUGAAUGCCCGUGUUUGGGCAUCGGCAGUUUCUUUCAUCAUUUUGGCUUUUUUCAACCUGGUUAUAAACUGGACCAUAGUGCGCGAGGAGCGCCUCCGGAGCCACGCGCGCUUCGUCCUCGUGUUCCAUUUGUUAUUCUCCGCACUGGUGUACUUUGCAGUAUGUUUUACCUUCUACUUACAGAUCUACGUGGUUGCUGCUACCACUUUACCAAUCUGCAUGGUACUAAUAGGACUCCUGAUGACAAGCGGUUCUAAUAUCAUCCUCACCAUCACGGCUAUGGCCCUGGACCGUUAUUUCGCCAUCUGCCACCCGCUCCAUUACAGCAAGGUUUGUUUCAAACCAUGGCCGUGGCUAAUUGGGAUCCUAACAUGGGGAUUUGCGUCUAUCAUUCCUCUUAGCCUUACUCCCAGUAUGAAAAAUAACUCAGUACCACAGUGUGGAAGGGAAGCACUGCGAGGUGGAGAGAUGCACAAGAUUAUUUUAAUAUCAGUUUGCACUUUUCUUAUUGUGUGCAGCUAUGUGCGGAUCUUAUAUGAGGGUCGACGUUUGGGUGUGCUGAAUCGGCGCAACCGAGCUGCGUGUAGGACCAUUGCUCUGCACGGCUCGCAGCUCACAGUCUAUAUCCUCCCGAAUUUCAUACUCUUUUUGCUUCAUAUACUUAAAAGCAAAGGAAUAAUCGAGGGCGGCACAAAGGAGCUUUUUGCUGUCAUAAGUUUUGCCUUCUUCAGCUUGGCGCAGUGCGUCGCCCCGAUAGUGUAUGGACUGCGUAAAGAGGAACUUUUAGAACAUCUGUGUCAUCGGUUCCCGUGUUUGUCCGGCCGCUUGAAAAGUAUUUUGGAGUGGACUGUCAACAUAACCCAUCCCAAACGGUUUCGCCAGCAAAGGGAGAGGAGAAUGACUUCAGAGACUUUGUUAUCGAGGGAGAUCUCUCAGACGACUGUGUGACCAGGCCUGAUGUUAAUUUCUCCAAAUGGAACAUUUACUGAGAUAAUAACAUUGAAUCCCAUCUUUUUUCUUUUCUUUAUCCACUGGGUGUCUUAGAUAUCUGAAAUUCAGGUAUCACAUUGUCUACCAAGAAAACAAACUUAAAAGCUUUCAGAAAAGUUUGAUAGCCUAACUACUUUUAAAAUAAGUAAUUAAUCAUCUCAAGGUGACAGCUCAGCAGUUGCUGCAUCAGCAGCAGAACUAUAGAAGUGUUCUUGAAUCACUCUCGCAGAGUGGUCAGCUGUGAUAUCUGUAUUAACAGAAACUGUCAAUAGUAGGCCUAACAAGAAAGUAAUAUUAUUAUAAUGUAGACAAGAUAGUGAUAUUAAUCAUUUUAAAAAAAACAACUUUGGGAAAUGCGUGUAUUGAGUUAUCUUACCAUACUGUUAAAAUACCAGGGAUGAAGAAUAGAUGUUUAUCAAUAAUAGGUAGCUGUAACAAUUAUGCGGCAGUAUAGUAACAAUUAUCCGUUAGACCUGAAUGCUUGUUUCUGUAAAAGCAGAACCAAUCUCCUCUCCAGGAUCUUUGUUUUAGAAUGACUGAACAGUAUUAUGCAAUGUCAGGAUCAAAUUCCUAAGUCAAACUGGCUGUACAUAAAUAUAAGCUAAAGGCAGACGUAAACAAACAUAAAACUUGGACUAUGUGACUGUGAAACAUAAUUAAAUAAUAACUAAUGUCAAUGUAAAUAAUGUUAAUACAGUUUUGAGAGAGUUUUGAAGUGUUGUCUGUGAUAAGAGCUUAUUAGUAUUGGCUAAAAUGUGCAAUUAUGCAUUGAAAGAUGUCGAUAUUUGAUACAUUAUUUCUUUAACCGCAGCAUCAUGAGCAAGUCAAACUGUACACUCUUUUUAUAUAAGGCCACCGACAUUCAUUUACAGUUUCCUGUAAAAGGUACCCUAACAUGACUUGACAAAUUGCAUGCAGAAACUAAGAAACAAAAAAGUAUGUGUAUGUGGGAGAUCUGAGAUGUUAAGCACUGCAAAAAGUGUACACUUACAAAGUCACUUACAAAAAAGUUUUGUGUGUUUGCAAAAUGAGUUCUAACAAGCUUUCUGGGAGAUGACAGACACAUAUACAGUAUAUUUAAGAUACAUUGUUUUACAAAGUGUCCAAUGACAGGACCAAAUGUAACAUCUGCUUGUGUAGUCAUCCAUUAAUCUAAUUUCUAAAUUAGGGGAAAAUGGUGCAGUACUUUUGACAAGCAAUUAAUGUGGUAUUUGUAUGGACCUAGUUUAUAGGUUACUUCUUUUUAAAUAAAUAAAUAACCCUUUGUGUUUAUGUUCA